CCCCGGAGCUGGCGGCGCACGCCGGCGGGUAGCUGGAGCGGCCCCCGCUGCAGACGGUGAAGAUGCCAGGUGCUCGGCCUGCUCUGCUGCUGCUGCUGCUGCUCUGCAGGCUCGGGGGAGCGGCCGAGGUCUCCGUAUGGAGCGUGAGCAUCAACUGGACGCAGGAUGCUGUGUUCCGGAAGACGCUGUAUGCCAACACUACUAUUUUCAUGAGCUUCCAGAAUGAUACGGGGUCAUGUGACAGAAACCUGGCCUUCAACAUCAGCUGGUAUCUGCGCUCAUCUGUUUGCUAUAAUGAGGUCUUUAACACACCAGACAACAAAGCGAUGAACAUGUUCGGUAUGGACCACAUGUUGAAAGACGGCUGGAGCGGCUUCUACAGUCAGGGCUACAUGUACUUUGAGAACUGCUCCUCCCUGUUCCUGCCAAAGGUUUAUUUCCCAGAGUUCAAUCCUUAUCAGCCACUCUCCAGCCCGAAGAUCGACCCGUCAAACCAGACCUUCACUUGGCCCGACAAGCCGGAAGUCGGUGCGGUGGCCAAAGCUUGGGAGGACGGUCCGUACCUGUUCAUCAUGAAGGUGCAGCCGUUGUUUCGUGGACUAGAAGAUGACGAUAUCAGAGCAGAGCAGCUUAACUUUGCUUUUACAAUGAAAGUGGAGAUGAAAGGACCUCACGACUACUCCUCCCCAGCAGACUGGCCUCUCAUGAUGUUCUUCAUGGUCAUGUGCAUCGUCUACGUGCUGUUCGGGGCGCUCUGGCUCUUCUGGUGUGCUUGUUAUUGGAGGGACCUGCUACGGAUCCAGUUCUGGAUCGGCGCAGUCAUCAUCCUCGGCCUCCUAGAGAAAGCCGUCUUCUACUCUGAAUACCAGAGCAUCCGUUACAAAGGAGACUAUGUUCUCGGCGCUGUGAUUUUUGCAGAGUUGCUCUCUGCCCUUAAAAGAUCGCUGGCUCGGAUCCUGGUCCUCAUUGUUAGUCUUGGUUACGGGAUUGUCAAACCCAGACUGGGAACCACGGUGCACCGGCUGGUAGCCGUCGGGCUUCUCUACCUUCUCUUCUCCUCCGUGGAAGGCGUACUGAGAGUGACGGGCGGUUUCUAUGGGACGGUUGCGCUUGUGGCAAAUCUCAGCCUCUCCCUCAUCGACUCCUGUGUCAUGUGGUGGAUUUUCAUCAGCCUGUCACAAACCACUCGUCUGUUGAAGCUCCGCAGAAACGUGGUGAAGCUGUCUUUAUACCAGCACUUCACCAACAUGCUCAUCUUCUCUGUUUUAGCUUCCAUCAUAUUCAUUAUUUGGACCACCAAAGUCUUCAAGCUGGUCGACUGUCAGAAGGGCUGGAGGAACUUGUGGGUAGACGAUGCUUUCUGGCGUCUCCUGUUUUCCACCAUUCUGCUGGUCAUCAUGGUGCUGCUGCGUCCCUCCGCCAACAGCCAGAGGUUCUCUCAUUCCCCUCUGAUUGAUGAAGACGAUGAAGAAGAUGAGGCGAAGGAGCCAAUGCUGAAUGAAGCUUUUGAGGGAAUGAAGAUGCGCGGCUCCAAGCCUGAGACAAAUGGCUCUCAGAAACUGGUGACUAAAGAGGACGAGGACCUGAAAUGGGUUGAGGAGAACAUUCCUACAUCGGUUGCUGAUGUAGCGCUCCCUGUGAUGCUGGAUGAGGAAGAGGAAAUCCUAAAAGCCAAGAUGGAGAGAUCCAAAAUGGAGUAGAAAGCCUGAUUUAAGAAUUCAAAGAAACGAUUGUUACCGUGGCAGCAAUCAGCUGAAGCAUUCAGUGACGUCAUCACCUAAAAAUGUGGGAAAGCCCAACUCUUCUUUUAAAAACGUUCUUUGUUUUGUUUUACACCGAUUGUCAGACUAUAAGAAGCUCUGAUGAGUGAGUCGUGUGUUAUAGUGAGACGCUACUGUGGCGGAUGGUUGUAGACGUCAGAGUUUAAGCAGAUAUACUCUAAAACAUUUU